AUGCCUGUAACCCAGCUUCAAAGCGAGCUUCACUGCAUCCUUGACCUUAGAGUUGCCGCUGUCGCCCUGAAACCAUUGCCCAGUGUCGAAGAGGUCAUCAGCGUUGACAGCGGCAACAAGUCCGCUUGGGCCCAUGCCCUCCGGAUCGCUGUCCGCCACCAAAAUGGUGAGGAGGAAAGCUACUUUAUGAAGGUAGCUUUUGGUUCUCAGGGUCUCGAGUCGCUCAAAGGAGAGUACGAAGCAACGGCCGCGAUCUACGCCAUAACGCCUGACUUCUGUCCCAAACCCAUCGCCUGGGGCACCCUGGAGACGGCACCCGACACCCAUUUCUAUCUGCGCAAGUACUAUGAGUUCUUCGAAGGAGUUCCUGAGCCCGAAAGUUUCUGUGAGAAGCUGGCCAUGCUGCACUCGAGCCACACAUCGCCCGAAGGCAAAUUCGGGUUCCACUGCACGACGUACAACGGUAAUAUUCCCCAGGACAACACCUGGUCUGACAGCUGGGAGCUCUUCUUUGCCAAUGGCCUGCGCCACGUCCUAAAUAUUCGCGAGGCGCGGGCUGGCCCAGACGCAGAACUUGAUGAGUUGCUCCCUGGGCUUUUUGACAAAGUCAUCCCCAGACUUCUGCGCCCCCUCGAGAGCAACGGGAGGUCAAUCGAACCGACCCUGGUACACGGUAAUCUCUGGUGUGGGAAUGCGGCUAUCAUCGACGAUGAGACCGAGGAGGGCAUUAUUUUCGACCCAUCCAGUUUCUGGGCCCAUAACGAAUACGAGCUUGGGAACUGGCGGCCCGUGCGGAAUAAAUUCACUCGUAGAUACUUCGAGGCAUACCAGUCCAUCAUCCCCAAGGCCGAGCCUGAAGCCGACUUUGACGAUCGGAAUGCCCUCUAUGCAUUGAGGUUCAACUUAAAUGCAGCGACGCUCUUUACACAAGACAAGAAUUACCUCCAGAUGGUCAUCGAUGAAAUCCGGCGACUGACAGAGAAGUACCCUGAUGGCUAUGUCGAUGAAGUAGGCCAAGAUAAGCCAAAUUAA